UCUCAUAAAUACUCCUUGUUGGUUUCUAAUUGUUUGAUGACAAGAGAUUUAAGUUGGCUUACUGUUACUUCACAGCUUGCAUUAUUAUAUUUGAGCCUAACUUUUUCACUUUUCUAAUUGUACUUCUUCUCUACUUAAGUAUCUGGGCGAGUUUGGUGUCCAUUUUGAGACAUAUCGUAACGAUGAGAUAACUGUGGAUGAUAUAAAAAGGAUAAAUCCAAGAGGAAUACUCAUAUCUCCUGGCCCAGGUACACCUCAAGAUUCAGGGAUUUCAUUACAAACUGUAUUUGAGCUGGGUCCUUCAAUACCAUUAUUUGGAGUUUGUAUGGGUUUGCAAUGCAUUGGAGAAGCAUUUGGAGGAAAGAUAGUCCGGGCUCCUUCUGGCGUUAUGCAUGGGAAGAGCUCUCUUGUCUACUAUGAUGAAUCACUAGAUGAUAAUUUAUUUCAUGGUUUGCCCAACCCCUUCACAGUCUGCAGAUACCACAGCCUUGUUAUUGAGAAAGAAAGUUUUCCUAGUGAUUCACUUGAGAUCACUGCCUGGACAGCAGAUGGAUUAAUAAUGGCUGCUCGUCACAAGGAGUACAGACAUAUUCUGGGAGUUCAGUUCCACCCUGAAAGCAUUAUGACACCUGAAGGUAAAACUAUGGUUGGCAAUUUCAUAAAGCUAAUGGACAAAUCGAAGCUGCCAAACUUAGUGUCUUAAGUUCCGGAAGGAUUGUGAGGGGUGUCUAGGGUGAACGUAAUAUCUUUUACUAAAUUAAGUUUCAAAAGGGUACAUAGAGAUAAAUGUUUAUAUUUGUUGAUUUUUUUCUUGAAUCUCGAACUGUUCCUUUCAUGAUUUCAGAAGACAAAUAAAACAGAGAACUCUGCUCGUUGUAUGUAGCAGUCUCAUCCAAUAAAUUUUGUAGCUGGGGGAAACAGAAAAAAGUUUAAAGUUUUAUUAUGAAACAAAAUUCCUUCCAAUGGACU